AGCUGCUGAUCAGUACCACAAAGUAUUGAUGUUUCACAAAUUUCAAGUCUCAUGGUCUUGAGUGUUUAGAAAAAAAAAACUAAUAGAAGAAUGGAGCAACUAGUGGAGAACGUAACGUCAGUUUUGGAGUCACUAUCUUCGAAUUCAACGACAUUACACUCAACAACACUGAUUAAUCAUGCAAUUACGAUGGGACCUAGAGCAGCCAAACAGUGGAUGCGUUACAGCAAUCAGACUGUCGCUGAUAAGGUCCCCGAGGACAUGCUGAGUUUGAUUGAUCCACAUUGGUAUCAAUUCCCACCGAUGGAUCCACUCUGGCACAAAUUACUCGGUCUCGUGAUGAUUGUCAUUGGAAUACUCGGGUGGUCCGGUAAUGGUGUUGUUGUUUAUAUUUUCUUAUUCACACCCUCCCUGAGAACACCCUCCAAUCUUCUCGUUAUCAAUCUGGCGUUCUCGGAUUUUCUCAUGAUGAUUAUACAGUCACCACCUAUGGUCAUCAAUUGUUGGUACGAGACGUGGAUGCUAGGUCCCCUGAUGUGCGAUAUUUAUGCAAUGGUGGGUUCGCUGUGCGGUGGUGCCUCAAUCUGGACAAUGACAGCAAUCGCCUACGACCGUUACAACGUCAUCGUCAAGGGAAUGUCAGGCACACCACUGACAAUAACCAGAGCUCUAAUCCAGAUCCUCAUCAUCUGGUUAUUCGCCCUGCUGUGGACAAUAUUACCAAUGUUAGGAUGGAACAGAUACGUACCAGAGGGUAACAUGACAGCAUGUGGAACAGAUUAUCUCACCAAGGAUUGGAUAUCCAGGUCUUACAUCCUGGUUUACAGUGUCUUCGUGUACUACACUCCAUUAUUCACGAUAAUCUACAGCUACUGGUUCAUCGUAUCGGCAGUGGCAGCUCACGAAAAAGCCAUGAGAGAGCAGGCGAAGAAGAUGAAUGUCGCAUCCCUGAGGAGUGGUGAACAGGACGCAACGAGUGCUGAAGCUAAACUAGCUAAAGUCGCUCUCACCACCAUCUCCUUGUGGUUCAUGGCCUGGACACCUUAUCUCGUUAUUAAUUACACUGGUAUCUUCGAAACAGCAACGAUCAGUCCAUUAUUCACUAUUUGGGGCUCGUUAUUCGCUAAAACUAAUGCAUGUUACAAUCCAAUUGUUUAUGGGAUCAGUCAUCCUAAGUACAGGGCUGCUCUCCAGCAGAAGCUACCCUGGUUUGUCUGUGGUGCCACUGAUAAACCAGCAUCUGCAGGAGGUGAUACUGCUUCUCAGACAACAACUGCUGGGGGAAAACCCUGAGGAAAUGAUCAUCCUGCGGACUUUCAAGAUUUUUAAUUUGUCGAAUCUAGAUACUUUGUUAAUUAUUUCUUAUUUAUGCAGACGUGCUUUGUAUUCUGGGGAUAUUGUCAUGAAUUUUGAAAAUGUCAUCGGAUUAUUUAUUUUCGUUCAUCGAGAGAACGUGAGGUUUUAUGGAAAGGGCUGUGUUUGUUUCAGAAAAUUUAUUCAAAAAUACGAAAUUUGAGAUUAAUCAUCAACGGAAGAAAGAACAUUUUUACUUCAAUACUGAUUCUUGAAUAUUUUGUUCAUUAGUUGCUCUUUACGAGAGUAAUUUGAAACACUCGGUUUAUUUAUAAUAAUAAUUCAUAAUUAUUUAAAUAUAUUUAAGCGAAAGGGAUGGAGGAAUUAAUUUCACUUUCAUGAAUGGAAUUCAGAGCAGACUUCGACGUUUUGAAUAAAAAUCAUUGAAGAAAACACGA